AUCCUGCACUCAUGACUUUUAAUCACUUCUGCAGCGUGGACGGGUCCGACCCGUUCUGGGACGAGAACCGGACAUGGCGUGCGCAGGUCCCCGAUGUGACCCGAUGUUUCCAGAACACACUCCUCGUCUGGAUCCCGUGUAUCUACCUCUGGUUAAUCGCUCCGUUUUACUUUCUGUACCUCAGAAACCACAACUGUGGGUACAUAUGCAUGAGCCACCUGAAUAAAGCCAAAACUGUCACUGGGUUCCUGCUGUGGAUCGUCUGCUGGUCAGAUGUUUUCUACUCUUUCUGGGAAAGAGGACGAGGACUCCCGAGCGCGCCCGUGUACCUGGUCAGUCCCACCAUCCUGGGCGUAACCAUGCUUCUGGCGACGUUGUUGAUCCAGUACGAGCGGAUUAAGGGAGUCCAGUCCUCGGGCUUGAUGCUGAAUUUCUGGCUCAUCGCUGUCGUUUGUGCAACAGUCACGUUUCGCUCCAAAAUCCUACAGGCGCUCCACGAGCCGGACACCGUCGACGUCUUCAGAUACACCACGUUCUACACCUACUACGCUUUACUCUUCAUCUCGCUCAUCCUGUCCUGUCUGUCAGACCAGCCUCCCUUCUUCUCCAAAACAAUCAGAGACCUGAAUCCGUGUCCGGAAUCCGGAGCGAGCUUCCUCUCCAGGAUCACCUUCUGGUGGAUCACACGAUUGAUGAGGCAGGGCUUUAAAAGGCCGCUGGAGGAGAAGGACCUGUGGUCCCUGAAUCCUGAGGAUGAAUCGCAGAACGUCGUACCUCAGCUGGUGCGCCGCUGGAACCACGAGUGCAGCCUGGUCAAAAGGCCGGUGGAGGCGGCCAUGUACUCGCCCAAACGCCCGGCCAAGCCCGAGAAGAAGGAGCAGCCGGCGGAGGAGUCCGAGAUCCUGCUCACCAAAGCUCCUCAGAAGAACCGGGAAGCGUCGCUGCUCCUGGCUCUGUGCGGAACCUUCGGCCCGUAUUUCCUGGUCAGCUCCGUCUACAAGAUCAUCCACGACGUCCUGAUGUUCGCCGGGCCCGUGAUCCUCAGGCUGCUGAUCCAGUUCGUGAACGACUCCAGCGCCCCCUCCUGGCACGGCUUCUUCUACACGGCUCUGCUCUUCGUGUGCACCUGCGUGCAGACCCUCAUCCUGCAGAAAUACUUCCACGUGUGCUUCAUGACUGGCAUGAGACUGCGCACAGCCAUCGUGGGCACUAUUUACAGGAAGGCCUUGGUGAUCACGAACGCCGCCCGGCGAACCUCUACCGUGGGGGAGAUAGUGAAUCUGAUGUCUGUAGACGCCCAGCGCUUCAUGGACCUGAUCACCUACAUCAACAUGAUCUGGUCUGCUCCUCUCCAGGUCAUUCUGGCACUUUACUUCCUCUGGCAGAAUUUGGGUCCGUCUGUGCUGGCGGGAGUGGCGGUAAUGGUGCUGAUGGUUCCAGUAAAUGCAGUUAUUGCCAUGAAAACCAAAACCUACCAGGUGGCGCAGAUGAAGAGCAAGGACAACCGGAUAAAGCUGAUGAACGAGGUGCUGAACGGAAUCAAGGUGCUGAAGCUGUACGCCUGGGAGCUGGCCUUCAAUAACAAAGUCUCCCAGAUACGAGAGGGUGAACUGCGGGUGCUGAAAAAGGCCGCCUACCUGGCUGCCGUGUCCACCUUCACCUGGGUCUGCGCCCCCUUCCUGGUGGCGCUGUCCACGUUCGCCGUGUACGUGAUGGUGGAUGAACACAACAUCCUGGAUGCGCAGAAGGCCUUCGUCUCUCUGGCUCUCUUUAACAUCCUGCGCUUCCCCCUGAACAUGCUCCCCAUGGUGAUCAGCAGCAUGGUGCAGGCGAGUGUGUCCAUGAAACGUCUGCGUGUGUUUCUGUCACACGAGGAGCUGGAGGAGAACAGCGUGGACCGCAAACCCAUCGCCAGCUCGCCCGACAGCAUCGUGAUCACGGACGGGACGUUCAGCUGGUCUAAGGGCGACUCUGCUACUUUAAAGAGCAUUAAUGUGAGGGUUCCUGAGGGAGCUCUGGUGGCGGUAGUAGGACAGGUGGGUUCUGGGAAAUCCUCUCUGCUCUCGGCUCUGCUGGGUGAAAUGCACAGACAGGACGGAUCCGUUUCUGUCAGGGGUUCGGUGGCGUACGUUCCCCAGCAGGCGUGGAUCCAGAACGCCACACUGAGGGAGAACAUCGUGUUUGGACAGCAGAAGAACGAGAGCAGCUACCAGAAGGUUCUGGAGGCCUGCGCUCUCCUUCCAGACCUGGAGAUCCUGCCCGGAGGAGACGACACUGAGAUCGGAGAGAAGGGUGUGAAUCUGUCCGGAGGUCAGAAGCAGAGGGUGAGCCUGGCCCGGGCGGUGUUCUGUGACUGCGCCGUGUACUUGCUGGACGAUCCGCUGUCCGCCGUGGACGCUCACGUGGGGAAGCACAUCUUCGAGAAGGUCAUCGGGCCUCAGGGACUGCUGCAGGGGCGCACCCGCGUGCUGGUGACCCACGGGCUGAGCUUCCUGCCGCAGGCAGACCUCAUCCUGGUGAUGGAGGACGGCCAGAUCAGAGAGGCGGGGUCCUACACCGAGCUGCUGAACAGACACGCCGCCUUCGCCGAAUUCCUGCGCACCCACACCAACACCGAACAGGAAGAGGAGAGCGAGACGGGCGGAGAUCCAACAGCUCACAAACUUCUGGAGAAUGGAGGACCAGCAGCUCUGCACAGACAAAGUCAGGUGUCGCUGAAUGCGGUAGGUGGAGUGAAGCCGAAUGUCGAUGGUAACGUUACCAAAGAAACAAAACCCAAAUCUGCAGAAGCUGCCAAACUGACCGAGGCAGAUAAAGCCAACACGGGCAGGGUGAAACUGGCUGUAUUUUGGGAGUACAUGAAGGCCAUCGGCGUGUUCCUCUCCGUGAUCAGUAUUUUCCUCUUCCUGGUUCAUCAUGUGGCGUCUCUGGGUUCCAACUAUUGGCUGAGCUUGUGGACGGACGAUCCCGUCGUUAACGGCACUCAGCCCACCCGGGACAUGAGACUGGGGGUGUACGGGGCGCUCGGACUCUCACAAGGCAUCUCGGUCUUCUGGUACUCCAUCGCCGUGUCCCUCGGUGGGAUUCUGGCUUCGCGCUACCUCCACCAGACCAUGCUGCACGACGUGCUGCGCUCACCCAUGUCGUUUUUCGAGCGCACACCGAGCGGGAACCUGGUCAAUCGCUUCUCCAAGGAGACGGACACCAUCGACUCGGUCAUCCCCAGCAUCAUCCGCAUGUUCAUGGGCUCUUUGUUCAACGUGCUGGGCUCCUGCACGGUCAUCCUGAUCGCCACGCCCCUCGUAGCCAUCAUCAUCCCCCCGCUGGGCCUGCUUUACUUCUUCGUACAGCGUUUCUACGUGGCCUCGUCUCGGCAGCUGAAGCGUCUGGAGUCGGUGAGCCGCUCGCCCGUGUACACGCACUUUAACGAAACGCUUCUGGGCACCAGCGUGAUCCGGGCGUUCGGGGUGCAGCAGCGCUUCAUCGGGGAGAGCGACAGACGUGUGGAUCACAACCAGAAAGCGUACUUCCCCAGUAUUGUUGCUAACAGGUGGUUAGCGGUGAGGCUGGAGUGCGUAGGGAACUGCAUAGUGACGUUCGCUGCCCUUUUCGCCGUGAUGUCCAGAGACAGUCUGAGCUCAGGGAUUAUGGGACUGUCCAUCUCGUACGCUCUGCAGGUCACGGCGUCUCUGAACUGGCUGGUGAGAAUGUCGUCGGAGCUGGAGACCAACAUCGUGGCGGUGGAGAAGGUGAAGGAGUACUCGGACACGGAGAAGGAGGCUGAAUGGAAGCUGGAGAAAAGCUCGCUUCCCGCCGGCUGGCCCACCGUUGGCCGCAUCGAGAUGCAGAACUUCGGACUGAGGUACCGAGAAGAUCUGGCGCUGGCUAUUCACGACAUCAGCGUCACCAUCGAGGGCGGAGAAAAGGUGGGGAUCGUGGGUCGGACCGGAGCAGGGAAGUCGUCCCUCACCCUCGGGCUGUUCCGGAUCAUCGAGGCGGCGCAGGGGGAGAUCCGUGUCGACGGGGUGAACAUCGCCGAGCUCGGCCUGCACGAACUCCGCUCACGUAUCACCAUCAUCCCACAGGACCCGGUGCUCUUCUCAGGCUCUCUGAGGAUGAACCUGGACCCGUUUGAUGGUUACUCUGACGAGGAGGUGUGGAGAGCUCUGGAACUGGCUCAUCUCAAAAGCUUCGUGUCUGGUCUUCAGGAGAAACUGAACCACGAGUGUUCAGAAGGAGGAGAGAACCUCAGUCUGGGUCAGAGGCAGCUGGUGUGUUUAGCUCGAGCUCUGUUGAGAAAGACGAAGAUUCUGGUUCUGGAUGAAGCCACGGCUGCUGUUGACUUGGAAACGGACGAGCUGAUCCAAUCCACCAUCCGCACUCAGUUCUCCCAGUGUACAGUACUGACCAUCGCCCACCGCCUCAACACCAUCAUGGAUUAUACCAGGGUGUUGGUUCUAGAUAAAGGUCAGAUGGUCGAGUUCGACUUUCCGUCCAACCUCAUCGCCAAAAAAGGAAUCUUCUACAAGAUGGCCAAAGAUUCGGGUCUGGUCUGAUCCAAUCAGGACGGAACCUGUUCCAGAAGCUCCGUCCGUUCUAGAACUUGCUGCUCAUUUUAGAGCUCAGCUGUGGGCAGGAAGUCUUUCACCGAGCACUUUGUUUUUGCUGCUGGAGACGCUGUUACUGUAGGAUCUGGUUACAAAGCCUCUGUUACAUCACCGUACCGUGUUACACCAUGUUACACCACCACCACUCGAGUCAGAUUUAUGUCCUUGGACAGAGGACACGCCCGGGACUUCAACCACUGCCUGACCUACCUCGCUCAGCACCUCGUACACACACUCCGGCGCCUCAAAGACACACACACACAUACACACGUUACGAAACAAGCAGAAAAUACACAACCUAAAAUUAUUUUACUGCCCCACGUGCACCAGGGUUUUUUAUUUUACUUCUCCUCUGGUGCUCUGAGGCCCAAAUCGCUAAGAAGAAAUAUAAUCAACAUUUAAAUAUUAUUAGGUUUAGUUUAAAUAUAAAUAUUAAUAAGUUAUAUUUACUUUUGUUCCUCAGCUCUUUGCCAAAAAAAUGGGCUAAAAAACAUAAAUGAUGUAAACCAACGAAAAUAAAAAAAAAGCUUCAUUAUUUUAAUUAUUUUUGCUAUUUAGUUUGUUAGUAAACAGCCGUGAGAACGACGUGUGUUCGGACAGCACUGAUUCAAUCUCAACGUGACGCUCGUGGCUCAUUUCAGUCACAAACACACGACUGGGAUGUCUGCCUAGGAAACACUUACCGCUUAACGCCCAGGACGGGGCAGCAGUCCAUCGAGGGGCUGCGCGGUCAGUCGUGUCUCGAUAGGCCGCUGUGCCACCCGAGCAGAUCUAAAUUAUAUAAAUGAAUCAAACAGAUUAAAUCUGUUAAGUUUAAUAAUGUACUGCUGGUGAUCCUGUUUCUCCUCCUAUGUUUUGAUAAUAAUCUAAAUAAUUUGUACCUGGCACAGGUUUUAUGCCGGAUGCCCUCCCUGGCACAACCAUCCUUUUUCUCUCUGGGUUUGGGACCAGCACUGAGAGCGCACUGACAGUUGCACCUCCCAAUGACUAGGCUGUUUCGACCACUCCCUCUCUCGGACACUAGCCAAUCAUGUCCAUGCAGAUGCCUGCCUGGCUGAUAGCACCGCUGAGAUUGGAACCCUGAGUCCUCAGAUCUCAGCAGUGGUGGGCUGGUGUAUUUUACCGCUGUGCCACCAGAGUACCCUGUUUUAUAUAUAUUAUGUAUUCAAUAUUUCUGAAUGUUUGCCGUCUUUUAAAUGCAAAAGGAAAAGUUACGUACUGCAGCUUUAAUUAAAACUAGGAUAAAUUCUCGCACGUCUCCCACGUCUCCCACUCCACGGUCUCAGUCACUCCACGUAUUGAUCCAUCGAUUCCUUCUGACAGCAUAAAGGAACCAGAAUUAAAGAUCAGCUGCGUUUGAUCAGCGUAUGGAUGAACCUACAGGUGCCACAUUUAAAAGAUUUACUCAGGUUUCUUCUGUCCAAUCGGAAAACAUUAUUUUAUUAUCAUUAUUACUGAUCAUGACGCAUCCGCGUCAAUAACAGCGUUUACAUUUAGAUGCCAUGCUUGGCGUUGUUCCCGCCUGUGAGCUGUGUGUGGGUUGAGUGUGAGUGGGUAAGUGUGAGUGUUUCUGACCAUGUUGAGUGUAUGUUUCCGGGUGUGUGUGUGUGUGUGUUGAUAGUGCAGGUGUUGAGCGUGAUGAGAAUGUGAGUGUGUUGAGUGUGCAAUUUUUUUGGCCAUGUGUUGAGUGUAUGUUUCCGGCUGUGAGUUGAGUGCGAGUGUUGACGGUUAUGAGAGUGUUGAGUAAGUGUUUCUGGCCGCAUACGUGUGUUUAGUUCAAGUGUUUCUGUGUUUUUCUGGCCGUGUGCAAGUGUUGAGAGUACGAAUGUUGAGUAAGUGUGUGAGUGUUUCUGGCCCUGUGUGAGUGUGUGCGAUUGUUGAGCACGAGUGUUUCCGGCCAUGUGGUGAGUGUUGUGUGCGAGUGUUGAGUGUGAUGAGAAUGUGAGUGUUGAGAGUGCGAAUGUUGAGCGUGCGAGUGUUUCUGGCCAUGUGUUGUGUGUAUGUUUCCAGCUGUGAGUUGAGUGCGAGUGUUGAGAGUGUGUGUGAGUGUUUCUGGCCGUGUGCGAGUGUUAAGUGCGAGUGUGUUGAGUGAGUGGUGUGAAUAAUGCCAGGCAGCUGUAGGUUGUACUUUACACCAGCACUCACACUCCAUAUCUGACUCAUGAGAACAUGGAAACGUCAUGAAGUGUCGCAGCAUCUCGUCCGUCUGUCCGGUCGGUCCAGGCGGUCGGUCAGUUCCUCGGUUUGAUCCAAAGCUUUUUUGGGAGUUUGUGUGUUUUUUUUUGACAUGUGGCUGAAUAGUUUCAUAUUUAUACAGUUUGUUAUGGUGUACCAUCAUUGUUUGUAAAACACACACAGUUUAAACUGUGAUUUAUUAAUAAAUGAAGAUUUAAUAAAUAAA